AAAGCGAUACAGCUACGCCGCAAUAGAAUUGUAGUGUGACCUCUUUAUUAGUUUAUUCCGCAACAAGGUGGAUGACUCAUCAAGCCGCGCAGGCGCAGUAGCUAAUGUCACCUCUAUUUCCGUUUUAGCGUAUGGAGAAAACGUGUUGAAAAUUUUGUCAUUUCUACCACUUAUUUUGAAGUAUUUAGGCCCUAAUUUGGUGUAAUGGCGGCGAGAGGUGAAACUUGGGGUAUUCCAGAGAGGCUGCUGCUCCUGCAGAUCUGGCGUGAUGAGGAUGUUGAGGGCCAACUGACUGGUGUGCACCACAACACGCCAGUUUACGAUCAGGUGGCUGCUCGACUAAAUAGAAAUGGCUACAACAGGACGGGAGCGCAGUGCCGUAGCAAGAUUAAGGGUCUGCGCGCCAAGUGGACGAAAGCCAGGGACAAUAUGGCGAAGUCUGGGACCUCUGGGGGGCGAUACGGGGGUCUUCAGGAAGAAGAGUGGGAGAUCUUAACAGAAGUGUUAGGAAACAGGCCCAUUCACAACCCUGGCUCACUUGUUGAUACCCUGUCCAUGCCCAGGCCUGCUACCGGUUGGGGAAAUGGAGAGCGUGAGCAAGACGGUCAAGAGGGUGGUUCAGAGUCAGAUGGAGAUGGAUUUGCUGAUGUUUCUACAGGGUCCGUGCAGGAGGACUCAUUUCUGGAUUUGGACACUGGGAGGCCUGCUUCCAGCCUGUCAAAUGCUUCAACGGCAAGUGUGGGAUCUGCAAAAUCACCAAAAUCGACCACAAAAGCAUCACUGCCAUCAGAACCUAUUCCUGGGACAAGUACUGCUGAAGAAGACAAUGUUGCUAUGAAGACGUCCGUUAAUGACUUUUCAAGACGAAAAAGGAAACGUAAAUUUGGUCAAGACCUUGCUGAAAUUUUGCAAGAUUUCUACAAGAGGCAAGACCAGGCCCAAAAAGAGUUCCGUGAGAAUGAAGAAUGAAACGGCCAGGGGCCAUUGUGCUCACCGUAAGUAUUGUUAGUAGACAGUUACAGAAAGUGCUACAGUAUGUAGGCCUCUCAUAAUUUAUACAUGCAUCUGUGACCAGUUCAGAGCCGGCCCUGGCCAAGUGGUGAAUCCGAGACUUGUGGUUCCAAGCUUGUAGAGUCUAGGUGAAAAUGAUAGUGAAGAAACGUGCCACUCCAUGACAAUGGUGAUUAUUUUUAACUUUGACCUCAGUGACCCUGACAGGUAGGUCAAAUAACAAACCAGGGUGAUAUGUGAUGUAGACACAUCCACCGGACCAUAACAAUUUCAUCACUCGUUACACUACAGCAAUCGGCAAAAAACGGCCGCCUAAUUAAAUCUAUGGCACCAAAUAAAUCAAAAAAAUGAAGAAAAUGUAAGAUAGAACUCAGAAAAGAAAAAAGGAAAAGAUGAAAAAUAAAAAUAUUUUUGGCUGUCCUUGACCGGGGUUUGAACUCACGACCUUUGGAUUGCCACAAUACGAGGAAAAACCCACAAAACAUGCAAUUUCGGCCAUAUUUGAAUUCCGAUCUGGCUGAAACUUGGCAUACAAAUAGUGGCUUCUUAGAUGCAUCAUUACACAAAAUUAAAACUCUUUACAUUGAACAACGACAAAACGUACCUAGAACGGUAAAGUUUUCAACUUUGACCUCUGUGAACUUGAAAGGUGGGUCAAAUCAAAAACCCGUAAGAUAUGUGAUGUAUC